GCCUCCGAUAACCUCUGCGUUCUUGUCAAGCGCUGCUGUCCCAGAACCGAUGUAAAAAUUCUAUCAAUCCUUACGUUUGAUGAUAGGAACAAUAUGCAAGAAACUCGAAUCGAUGAUUAUCUCCUAGACAAGACUGGGAAUUUUGAGAUUUGGGGCGUUUGUAAUGGCAUCAUAUGUUUUGGUGAAGGUGAACUCACCAUAGCAAAUCCAGCAACAAGAGAGACGAAGAUUCUUCCAAAGUCUCGCGUUUGCCUGCGUCCGAAUGGUGAUGAUUACAGAGUACGUCAGUUACGUGCUAUUGGAUUUGGCUAUGACCCUAAAGCUGAUGAUUAUAAGGUUGUUAGGGUGUGGGCUGAUGUACCAAACAACAACAAAAUUCAUCCCUUUCUUCGAAGAGCUGAGGUAUACACCUUGAGCACGGAUUCUUGGAGAGAAAUUGACAAUUUCCGUAUAGAAGUAGAGAUUGAUAACGUUGCUAUUAUGGUAUAUAUUUUAUAUGUUAAAUUUUUGGAAAGGUAUUGGAAUGGAGCUUAUUAUUGGAUGGGAACAGCUGAUGGCCUCGAAAAUACUUGGACUGUAAUUGUUUUGUUUGACAUGACUUAUGAGGUCUUCCGAUGCAUAGUCAUGCCACAAUCGUGUCAAGGCAAAGUUUGUUUAUCCCUCACUGAGUUGAAUGGAUCACUUGCUCUGGUUCAUCCUUUAGGGGCAGGGAAUUCAUUUGACAUUUGGACAAUGGAUGAAUUUGGGGUUAAUGGGACUUGGACAAAGCCACUGCGCAUUGGACCUCUUCGGGAUAAGCCGAUGCCUUUCCUAUUUGUGAAGAGUGACGAGCUUCUUAUGGAGGACAAUGGGCAGAUGGUAUCCUACAACCUCACAACCAAGCAAAUCAAGAAAUUACCUAUAUAUGGAGUUAAAAUACAUUUUCGAACUUGGAUUUAUGAACAGAGCCUAGUUAAUUUCAGUUCUCAAGGAAAAUUGUCAAUUAGUUCAUACAAUUCAAUUUAGGUUAUUUGAAUUCUAUUUUUCUAUUCCCGAUUUAUCUAGUGUUAUAGUGUUAUUCCUAAUUUGUCUGGUGCUAUAGUGCUAUAGGAUAUUCUUUUAUUUUAAUGCAAUACUUAGUUUCUUUCAUAUAUAUAUAUAUAUAUAUAAUUGCAGGAAUUAUGUCAUUUAAAAUGAGUUGAAUCUGUUAAAUUUCAGUUAUGAUUAUAAGGAGCUUAUGCUUUCUAGGGAUAAUAGAUGAAACAUCCUUGG